GGCUCACAGAGACUCUCUUCUGACAACUGACGCAGCACUGCCAGUCAGCCUCCAAGGACAACUGCCUGCCUCACACCUGGAAAGCAAGUGUGCGUCUUAUCUCCUGGAUGUGGACCAUAAUGGGGAUGACUCGGGGUAUGCUGUUGCUCCUACUAAUGCAGACUUUAACAGGAUGGACAGCUGCUCAAACCACAACUGCUUCAACCACAACUGCUUCAACCACACCUGCUCCAACCACAACUACUCCAACCAAAGCACCACUAAGUCUUCAAGUGAGACUAGCCAACUCUAACAGCAGCUGUUCUGGCAGAGUGGAGAUCUUCCUCCGCGGCCGUUGGAUGACGGUGUGUGACAACUUCUGGAGUUUGAAUGAUGCUCAAGUGGUUUGUCGACAGCUGGGCUGUGGCAGAGCUGUGGCAGCACCAGGAAAUGCACGUUUUGGACAGGGCACUGGACAAAUUUGGAUAGAUGACCUUCGGUGUACAGGGAAUGAGGCAUCACUGAGAGACUGUGCACAUGGGGGAACAGGGUUCCCUUGUCGUCAUUUUGAGGAUGCUAGUGUCAUUUGUGAAGAAAUUCCUACAGUGAGACUGGUCAACUCUCACAGUCGCUGCUCUGGAAGAGUGGAGAUCCUCCACAACAACCGUUGGGGGACGGUGUGUGACGACAUUUGGGAUUUGAAUGAUGCUCAAGUGGUUUGUCGACAGCUGGGCUGUGGCAGAGCUGUGUUAGCACCACACAGGGCAUUUUUUGGGACGGGCAGCGGACAAAUUUGGUUAGAUAAUGUUCGGUGUUCAGGAAAUGAGUCAUCUCUAACAGCCUGUCCACAUCGGGGAUUAGGGAAACACAACUGUGCUCACAGAGAGGAUGCUGGUGUCAUUUGUGAAGAAAUUCCCACGGUGAGACUGGUCAACUCUCACAGCAGCUGCUCUGGCAGAGUGGAGAUCCUCCAACUCGGCCAUUGGGGGACAGUUUGUGACGACAGCUGGGAUUUGAAUGAUGCUCAGGUGGUUUGUCGACAGCUGGGCUGUGGCAGGGCCGUGGUAGCACCACACUGGGCACGUUUUGGACAGGGCACUGGACAAAUUUGGUUAGAUGACCUACGGUGUACAGGGACUGAGACAUCACUAACAGACUGUCCAAAUCGGGGAUUAGGGUCCCACAACUGCCUUCAUUUUGAGGAUGCGAGUGUCAUUUGUGAAGAAAUUCCCACAGUGAGACUGGUCAACUCUAACAGCAGCUGUUCUGGCAGAGUGGAGAUCCUCCAACACGGCAGUUGGGGGACGGUGUGUGACGACUUCUGGAGUUUGAAUGAUGCCCAUGUGGUAUGUCGACAGCUGGGCUGUGGCAAGGCUUUGUCAGCACCAGGAAAUGCAGCUUUUGGACAGGGCACUGGACCAAUUUGGUUAGAUAACCUUCAGUGUACAGGGAAUGAGACAUCACUAACAGACUGUCCACAUCCGGGAUUAGGGUCCCACAACUGUGCUCACAGAGAGGAUGCUGGUGUCAUUUGUGAAGGAAAUACAGUGAGACUGGUCAACUCUCACAGCCGCUGCUCUGGCAGAGUGGAGAUCCUCCACAACAACCGUUGGGGGAUGGUGUGUGACGACAUUUGGGAUUUGAAUGAUGCUCAAGUGGUUUGUAGACAGCUGGGUUGUGGCAAGGCUCUGUUAGCACCACACAGGGCAUUUUUUGGGAUGGGCAGCGGACAAAUUUGGUUAGAUAAUGUUCGGUGUUCAGGAAAUGAGUCAUCACUAACAGACUGUCCCCAUCGGGGAUUAGGGAAACACAACUGUGCUCACAGAGAGGAUGCUGGUGUCAUUUGUGAAGAAACUCCCACAGUUAGACUGGUCAACUCUCUCAGCCGCUGCUCUGGCAGAGUGGAAAUCCUCCAACACGGCCAUUGGGGGACGGUUUGUGACGACAGCUGGGAUUUGAAUGAUGCUCAGGUGGUUUGUCGACAGCUGGGCUGUGGCAGGGCUGUGGCAGCACCACGCAGGGCACGUUUUGGACAGGGCACUGGACUAAUUUGGUUCGAUGACCUUCGGUGUACAGGGAAUGAGACAUCACUAACAGACUGUCCACAUCGGGGAUUAGGGAAACACAACUGUGCUCCCAGAGAGGAUGCUGGUGUCAUUUGUGAAGAAAUUCCCACAGUCAGACUGGUCAACUCUGACAGCAGCUGCUCCGGCAGAGUGGAGAUCCUCCAACUCGGCCAUUGGGGGACGGUUUGUGACGACAACUGGGAUUUGAAUGAUGCUCAGGUGGUUUGUCGACAGCUGGGCUGUGGGAAGGCUGUGGUAGCACCACACAGGGCACGUUUUGGACAGGGCACUGGACCAAUUUGGUUAGAUGACCUACGGUGUACAGGGAAUGAGACAUCACUAGCAGACUGUGCAAAUCGGGGAUUAGGGUCCCACAACUGCCGUCAUUUUGAGGAUGCGAGUGUCAUUUGUGAAGAAAUUCCCACAGUGAGACUGGUCAACUCUAACAGCAGCUGUUCUGGCAGAGUGGAGAUCCUCCAACACGGCCGUUGGGGGACGGUUUGUGACGACUUCUGGAAUUUGAAUGAUGCUCAAGUGGUUUGUCGACAGCUGGGCUGUGGCAAGGCUCUGUCAGCACCAGGAAAAGCACGUUUUGGACAGGGCACUGGACUAAUUUGGUUAGAUAACCUUCAGUGUACAGGGAAUGAGACAUCACUAACAGACUGUCCACAUCCGGGAUUAGGGUCCCACAACUGUGCUCACAGAGAGGAUGCUGGUGUCAUUUGUGAAGGAAAUACAGUGAGACUGGUCAACUCUCACAGCCGCUGCUCUGGCAGAGUGGAGAUCCUCCACAACAACCGUUGGGGGACGGUGUGUGACGACAUUUGGGAUUUGAAUGAUGCUCAAGUGGUUUGUAGACAGCUGGGUUGUGGCAGGGCUCUGUUAGCACCACACAGGGCAUUUUUUGGGAUGGGCAGCGGACAAAUUUGGUUAGAUAAUGUUCGGUGUUCAGGAAAUGAGUCAUCACUAACAGACUGUCCCCAUCGGGGAUUGGGGAAACACAACUGUGCUCCCAGAGAGGAUGCUGGUGUCAUUUGUGAAGAAAUUCCCACAGUGAGACUGGUCAACUCUAACAGCAGCUGCUCUGGCAGAGUGGAGAUCCUCCAACACGGCCAUUGGGGGACGGUUUGUGACGACAGCUGGGAUUUGAAUGAUGCUCAGGUGGUUUGUCGACAGCUGGGCUGUGGCAGGGCUGUCGCAGCACCACACAGGGCACGUUUUGGACAGGGCACUGGACUAAUUUGGUUCGAUGAACUUCGGUGUACAGGGAAUGAGACAUCACUAACAGACUGUCCACAUCGGGGAUUAGGGUCCAACAACUGCCAUCAUUUUGAGGAUGCGAGUGUCAUUUGUGAAGAAAGUCCAACAGUGAGACUGGUCAACUCUAACAGCAGCUGCUCUGGCAGAGUGGAAAUCCUCCAACACGGCUAUUGGGGGACGGUUUGUGACGACUUCUGGAAUUUGAAUGAUGCUCAAGUGGUUUGUCGACAGCUGGGUUGUGGCAGGGCUUUGUCAGCACCAGGAAAUGCAGCUUUUGGACAGGGCACUGGACUAAUUUGGUUAGAUAACCUUCAGUGUACAGGAAAUGAGACAUCACUAACAGACUGUCCACAUCCGGGAUUAGGGUCCCACAACUGUGCUCACAGAGAGGAUGCUGGUGUCAUUUGUGAAGUUGCCCAUGCUGCUCAAACCACAACUGCUUCAACCACUCCUACUCCAACCACACCUGCUCCAACCACAGCACCACUAAGUCUUCAAGUGAGACUAGUCAACUCUAACAGCAGCUGCUCUGGCAGAGUGGAGAUCUUCCACCUCGGCCUUUGGGGGACGGUGUGUGACGACUCCUGGAAUUUGAAUGAUGCUCAAGUGGUUUGUCGACAGCUGGGCUGUGGCAGGGCUCUGGCAGCACCAGUAAAUGCACAUUUUGGACAGGGCACUGGACAAAUUUGGUUAGAUGACCUUCAGUGUACAGGGAAUGAGAGAUCACUAACAGACUGUCCACAUCGGGGAUUAGGGACCCACAACUGUGCUCACAGAGAGGAUGCUGGUGUCAUUUGUGAAGAAAUUCCCACAGUGAGAGUGGUCAACUCUAACACCCCCUGCUCUGGCAGAGUGGAGAUCUUCCGCCGCGGCCGUUGGGGGACGGUGUGUGAUGACUUCUGGAAUUUGAAUGAUGCUCAAGUGGUUUGUCGACAGCUGGGCUGUGGCAAGGCUUUGUCAGCACCAAGAAGUGCACGUUUUGGACAGGGCACUGGACAAAUUUGGUUAGAUGACCUUCAGUGUACAGGGAAUGAGACAUCACUUACAGACUGUCCACAUCGGGGAUUAGGGACCCACAACUGUGGUCAUGCUGAGGAUGCUGGAGUCAUUUGUGAAGACAUUCCCACAGUGAGACUAGUCAACUCUCUCAGCCGCUGCUCUGGCAGAGUGGAGAUCUUCCAGCUCGGACGUUGGGGGACGGUGUGUGACGAUUUAUGGAAUUUGAAUGAUGCUCAAGUGGUUUGUCGACAGCUGGGCUGUGGCAGGGCUUUGUCAGCACGAGUAAAUGCUGGUUUUGGACAGGGCACUGGACUAAUUUGGUUAGAUGACCUUCAGUGUACAGGGAAUGAGACAUCACUAACACACUGUGCACAUCGGGGAUUAGGGACCCACAACUGUAAUCACAGAGAGGAUGCUGGUGUCAUUUGUGAAGAAAUAUCCACAGUGAGACUGGUCAACUCGGACAGCCGCUGCUCUGGCAGAGUGGAGAUCUUCCGUCACGGCUAUUGGGGGACGGUGUGUGACGACUUCUGGAAUUUGAAUGAUGCUCAAGUGGUUUGUCGACAGCUGGGCUGUGGCAGAGCUCUGUCAGCACCAGGAAAUGCACGUUUUGGACAGGGCACUGGACAAAUUUGGUUAGAUAACCUUCAGUGUACUGGGAAUGAGACAUCGCUAACAGACUGUCCACAUCCGGGAUUAGGAACCCACAACUGUGCUCACAGUGAGGAUGCUAGUGUCAUUUGUGAAGAAACUCCCACAGUGAGAGUGGUCAACUCUAACACCCCCUGCUCUGGCAGAGUGGAGAUCCUUCAACACGGCCGUUGGGGGACGGUGUGUGACGACUUCUGGAAUUUGAAUGAUGCUCAGGUGGUUUGUCGACAGCUGGGCUGUGGCAAGGCUUUGUCAGCACGAGGAAGUGCACGUUUUGGACAGGGCACUGGACAAAUUUGGUUAGAUAACCUUCAGUGUACAGGGAAUGAGACAUCACUAACAGACUGUCCACAUCCAGGAUUAGGGAAUCACAACUGUCGUCAUGCUGAGGAUGCUGGUGUCAUUUGUGAAGAAAUUCCCACAGUGAGACUGGUCAACUCUGACAGACGCUGCUGUGGCAGAGUGGAGAUCCUCCACGGCGGCCGUUGGGGGACGGUGUGUGACGACUUCUGGAAUUUGAAUGAUGCUCAGGUGGUUUGUCGACAGCUGGACUGUGGCAGAGCUGUGUUAGCACCAGGAAAGGCACUUUUUGGACAGGGCACUGGACCAAUUUUGUUAGAUGACCUUCAAUGUACAGGGAAUGAGACAUCACUAACAGCCUGUCCACAUCGGGGAUUAGGGAACCACAACUGUGCUCACAGAGAGGAUGCUGGUGUCAUUUGUGAAGAAACUCCCACAGUGAGACUGGUCAACUCUAACAGCAGCUGUUCUGGAAGAGUGGAGAUCCUCCACCUCGGCCGUUGGGGCACAGUGUGUGACGACAGCUGGAAUUUGAAUGAUGCCCAUGUGGUAUGUCGACAGCUGGGCUGUGGAAAGGCUGUGGCAGCACCACCCAGGGCACGUUUUGGACAGGGCACUGGAGUAAUUUGGUUAGAUGACCUACGGUGUACAGGGAAUGAGACAUCACUAACAGACUGUCCACAUCCGGGAUUAGAGAACCACAACUGUAAUCACAGAGAAGAUGCUGGUGUCAUUUGUGAAGGAAAUACAGUGAGACUGGUCAACUCUCACAGCCGCUGCUCUGGCAGAGUGGAGAUCCUCCACAACAACCGUUGGGGGACGGUGUGUGACGACAUUUGGGAUUUGAAUGAUGCUCAAGUGGUUUGUAGACAGAUGGGCUGUGGCAGAGCUCUGUUAGCACCACACAGGGCAUUUUUUGGGUCGGGCAGCGGACAAAUUUGGUUAGAUAAUGUUCGGUGUUCAGGAAAUGAGUCAUCACUAACAGACUGUCCACAUCAGGGAUUUGGUUCUCACAACUGUAUUCCCAGAGAGGAUGCUGGUGUCAUUUGUGAAGAAAUUCCCACAGUGAGAGUGGUCAACUCUAACAGCAGCUGCUUUGGCAGAGUGGAGAUCCUCCAACACGGCCAUUGGGGGACGGUGUGUGACGACAGCUGGAAUUUGAAUGAUGCUCAAGUUGUUUGUCGACAGCUGGGCUGUGGCAAGGCUGUGGCAGCACCACCCAGGGCACGUUUUGGACAGGGCACUGGAGUAAUUUGGUUAGAUGACCUACGGUGUACAGGGAAUGAGACAUCACUAACAGACUGUCCACAUCGGGGAUUGGGGUCCCACAACUGCCGUCAUUCUGAGGAUGCGAGUGUUAUUUGUGAAGAAAUUCCCACAGUGAGACUGGUCAACUCUGACAGCAGCUGCUCUGGCAGAGUGGAGAUCCUCCAACAUGGCCAUUGGGGGACGGUGUGUGACGACUUCUGGAGUUUGAAUGAUGCUAAAGUGGUUUGUCGACAGCUGGGCUGUGGCAAGGCUUUGUCAGCACCAAUAAAUGCAGCUUUUGGACAGGGCACUGGACCAAUUUGGUUAGAUAACCUUCGGUGUACAGGGAAUGAGACAUCACUAACAGACUGUCCCCAUCGGGGAUUAGGGAACCACAACUGUGCUCACAGAGAGGAUGCUGGUGUCAUUUGUGAAGGAAUUCCCACAAAUACUUCAAUCACAACAACUCCAACCACGACCACUUCAACCACGAUUACUACAACCACACAUGGUACAACCACACCUUAUCCAACCACGACUACUCCAACCACAACUACUCCAACCACGACUACCCCAACCACGACUACUCCAACCACGACUACUUCAACCACAACUUAUCCAACCACAACUACUCCAACCACAACUACUCCAACCACACCUAGUAUUAUCUUCGAUUCCUUCUUCGACAUCUACGGCUACUACAGAACUCCAGCUACUUCACCCACGACUGCUACAACCACAACUUAUCCACCCUCAACUGCUACAACCACAACUUAUCCACCCUCAACUGCUACAACCACAACUUAUCCACCCUCAACUGCUACAACCACAACUUAUCCACCCUCAACUGCUACAACCACAACUUAUCCACCCUCAACUGCUACAACCACAACUCAUCCACCCUCAACUGCUACAACCACAACUUAUCCACCCUCAACUGCUACAACCACAACUUAUCCACCCUCAACUGCUACAACCACAACUUAUCCAACCACAACUUCUACAACCACACAUGGUACAUCCUUAACUACUACAACCACAUAUGGCCAACAACCACUAAUCCAGGCCUCUCAGCUUGUUUGCUCCCCUUAUCAGCUUGAAGUUGGUGUGCCAUUGCAAAGCCUGCUGUCGGCUGGUUUGAAUGCAUUCUCUGGUCACAUGGCAGCCCCAUACUGUACCAGCUACACAGUGCGUGAUAAUAUUGUGUGGUACCAGGUGCAACGUAGGACUGGCUUCUGUGGAACUGUAAUGACGACCAACACCACCCAUGCCAUCUACAGCAACAGCUUGUUUUUCUUCCCUCUAAGUAACGGUUCCUUCGUUCUACCUUUGAUUAUUCCGUUCUCUUGUGCCUAUCCCUUGGACACCGAAACCAGCCUGAAUGCUGUAAUCAAACCUCAGCUCCUUAAGGGUGGCCUCGCGGGAUCAGGUACCAAAGCUAGAGCCUACAUGAAUCUUUUCCGGGACUCCAACUAUUCAUACAGCUACCCAGCGGGUCCGCUCUCUCUGCCAGUGGGCUCUGCCCUGCAUGUGCAAGCAUCUGUGCCUCUGAGUGAUCCAAGCUUUGCAGUCGUUCUGGAGGAGUGCUAUACCACUAGCUCCUCAAACCCUGAUGACCCCGUUCGAUACUUUCUCAUUCAUUCCAGGUGCUCUACUGACUCUCGUCGUGUGUCAGUGGUUGAGAACGGCCUGUCCUACCGUGCUCGAUUCUCUGCCCUGCUGUUCCCUCUCCAGGGUGGCAACCCAUGCGUCUUCAUUCACUGCAGACUACGCCUAUGUGACAAGAGGAGCCAUAACUGUGUUCCAAUUUGCAGAAAAAGGACUUAUCGCUCUGCUGACACAGUUGAAGGAGGAAACGUUACUACUACUAUUGGACCAAUCAACUUUCACUAAAUACAGUCUGGUAUCAG